GUGGGCGAGGCGUCGCAGCAAAAAAUAAAAACACUCCCCAGCUGCGGAGGAGACGAGACGAGAACGAGAAUUCUCUUAGAUCUCCGUUGUCCGUUCGCGAUGAAAGCAGCGGACAAAAACGUUUUAUCCUGGAGACUGUGACUGCAUAAUUUGCCAGAGACGUGAUUCUUCGAGAAGAGGAAAAUGCCGUGGUGGUGAAAAAACCCAAUGGGCUCUUUGCUCGAUGAGUUGUUCUGCGCCAUUCAACAUGGCAAUGUCUCACAAGUUGUGGAGCUGCGGAAAAAGGGAAUCAACAUCAAUCAGAUCGGAAAGGCCGGAUUCACCCCGCUCGGCGCCGCUGUCCAAAAUGAGAAGGUAUCUGUGAUCAAGGCGUUGUUGUCGAUGAAAAGCGAGAGCAGGUCCAAAAACCUUGGGUACUAUGUCUACAAAUAUGACGUCAAUGAAAACAACCCCGCCUCGUCGUCUUCCGGGAGCUCAUCCAACAUCCACCAGGCCGAAGAUGAAAUCGUGCUCACGCCGGACGGUAUGGAGAGUCUCGAGUGGGACAAAGAGCUGCUCGAAGAAGGCGCCGCCGAGAACAACGAGGAACCGGAGCAGGAGGACUCGUGGGCCUCUCUGUACAGGUGGUACGCUAGCGUCCUGGAGAGGACAGGGCACGUCCUGCCUCAGGAGCCAGUUUUGGAGAACAUCGACGUCAACGCCACGGAUGUCUACUGCAGGACAGCGUUGCACUACGCUGCAGAAUUGGGCAACGAAGAGAUCAUCAGUGAACUCCUGAAUGCAGGUUGCAAAGCCAACGUAGGCGACAGCAGCGACGUGAAGCCUCUGAUGCUGGCCUCAGCGAGGGGCCACAUCGGAGCGACUGCCCUUCUGCUGGCCAGAGGCGCCCACCCAGAAGCCAAAGGCCCAGACAAGAGCAGUGCCUUGCACGCUGCCUGUGCUCGUGGCUUCACAGACGUCGCAGAGGUGCUUUUGAAAGGUGGUGCUAGAAUCGACGCGAUGGACUCCUCAGAUAGAACACCACUCUACUUAGCAGUCUCGAGAGGCUACGAAAUUACUGUGCAGAUGCUGAUUCGAAGAGGCGCAAGGAUUAAUCUUGAAGAAAUACACGGCUACAACGCCCUGUGUGAAGCGGUUUGGCAGAAAAAACCUCGUCUGGUGCGAAUUCUCUUGGAGGCUGGUGCCAAAAUCACACACUCCCACAGGCUGCUACAUCACUGUGUUCUCCUUCGACAGCUUGAGAUUGUUAGCCUUCUGCUUCAAGCUGGCGCUUUGGCCAACCUGAGGGACGAUUCUGGUGACACCCCCCUUUUGCUUGCAGUCAGAACUGGCCAGGUGGAAAUGGUCAACUUGCUUUUGAAUAAUGGUGCUUUGGUGAACUGCUCGAAUUCAGUUACUGGCCACUCUGUUUUGCACGAGGCGGUCAGUCACGACUUCGCCACCUUCUUGCGACUGCUUGAAUGUCUGCUCGCCCACGGAGUCAAUCUCGACUCUGAAGCUCUGACCACCGGUGACUCAGCACUGUGCCGCGCCCUGCUGCUGGGCCGGAGCCAGGCGGCCGCCGCACUGGUGCGUCGAGGGGCCAACACAAACCUCCGCGUGCCCAUCGCCGGGGACACCAUCGAGUGGGCCUUCCGCAAAACGGGCAGGCCCAGUCUGAUUCGGACGCUGGUGCUGGCUGGUUGGCACACAAGAAUUUCUGUUUCGACCGUGCGAAACUGUCCGGACGCGGCGCUGGGAAGCUGGCUGAAGGACGUGUCGACGAACCCCCUCUCAUUGUGCGAAAUCGCAAGACUGAACAUCAGAAGGAUCCUGGGCCGCAGGGUGUACCACGCUGUUGACCACUUCUGCCUGCCGAAGAUGCUCAAGCGGUACCUCAAGAUGCAGGAUAUCUGUGAUUCUGACCAGGAGGACGACUCUUGGUAGCGAAACGUGUGUUGUGCUUUUUUUUCUUCAUUAUUUCCGAGUGAGCUGCGGCUUUAUGUGAUUUGUCAGGAGAGUCCAUUUUCACUAUGCAUCGGAUCGCGCGUGCUAAAUAAUUGAAAGUUCAUUGGUUCAAAUUAUUCACAAAUAUUCAAAGUGUUCCUCGCAAUAAUAAUUUAUUUCCACACUAAAAGCGCACUUAUCAGUCAUUUUAAGCGCAUCCUAGCAUGAUGUUUAUAGUUCUUUUCUCCAUGAUUGUAAUUAUUAUACUGCACUAAAAGUGCACUUUCUGAAUUGAAAUUAUUCAAUCUCUGUUAACCAUAACACCGUGUACAAGCAUAACGUUUUCCUUCAACACUUAUGUAACAAAGGUUGGUGAAAAUGUAUUUAAAUCAAUAUACACUUCAAAUGUUGAGAAAUUUUAAAGUACCCCUAGCUUUUGGCUCUUCAUAGUUUUGGACCAAUAUCUUGUAUGCUUUUGAAAACAAUUAAUAAAAGUAUUUACAAGAAUUCGCCAACAA